GGCGCUCUCCCCGCGUACUCUCUCUGCAGACUUUGCCUUCUUGACACACCUUUUGUUGUCUCGUCUAGCUGGAGUCAGCUAACCAUUAGCCAGCGAGCAUCAGCCGCAUCGGCUACCCGGACAACAGUGUGCUGAAGACGAGACAAGCCCGAGAGGAGCCGAGAGGUGACGGCCUACACCCAGCCUGCCAGGCGGUGCUGUCUCCAUGCAGGAUGAGUGGAGAUGAACUGAACCCAGCUGCAGUGGCUGAGCCAGUGGAUGAUGCACAAGGAGAUGAACGGUGGAUGUCACAGCACACAAGAUUUGUGCAGGAGUGUAAAGAUGCUGAACCAGAUGUGCUUUUUGUGGGGGAUUCCAUGAUACAACUAAUGCAGCAAUAUGAGGUCUGGAGGGAGUUGUUCUCUCCUCUUCAUGCUCUUAACUUUGGCAUUGGAGGCGACACCACCUGUAAUGUGCUGUGGAGGCUGCAGAAUGGAGAGCUGGAGAACAUCCGUCCCAAGGCGGUGGUGUUGUGGGUUGGAACCAACAAUCACGAACACACAGCAGAGCAAGUUGCAGGCGGAAUUCUCGCCAUCGCAAAGCUGCUCACCUCCAGCCUCCCCAAGGCGAAGAUAGUUGUACUGGGUUUAAUGCCUCGAGGGGAGCGUCCAAACCCACUGAGGGAGAAGAACGCGGCCGUUAAUGGGUUUCUGCGCUCCUGGCUGCCGCGACUGGGUCAGGCUCAGUUCCUGGAUGUAAGCGGAGAGUUCGUCCACUCUGACGGAACCAUCGGCCCGCAGGACAUGUUCGACUUCCUCCACCUGACAUCGACGGCUUACCGCACCAUUGCGAAGCCCCUCUGUGACCUGCUGCUUCAGAUACUGGACGAAACGCCAGAGGAGAGACGGGCGUCGCUGGUUUGAGGGGCCGUGGCCGAGCAGCACAUUUAUCCAGAGGCAUGUCUCACUCGCUGCUUUUGGGAGACGGGGGAGACAUGCUUCUGGUAUCGGGAAGGAGGAGGAAGGGCUCGCUCACAGGAGAAGGAGGCACCCUGAUGUGAGUGGGCCUGGGAGGGGUGCAGGAUCACAUUCAUGAGCGGAGGGUUGGGUGCGGAGAGGCGCUGAAGAGGGAGAGAGACCUCACUACAGACUGUGAUUGCAGUAGUAAGCUCUGUUGCAAAAAGAUUUACCAAGAUCAGAUGUCUGUGAGCAAUAGACAGAUACACUGAAAUCAUUUGCGACCGCAGUGGCACACACACACGCACAGAUUAAUUAAUGAGUGUUUCCUUCUGUCACCUCUGCCAUGGACACAAUUUUAGUCUGAUGUGAGACGCAAUAGAAAAAACACAAUCUAGUUUCUAGACUAAAACUGAUAGGAUUGGAUCUCUGGACACUUUAACAUCUCGAGGCCUCUAGAAAUCCUUCAAUUGGGAGUCCACAAACUAAAUAGGUUGGAAAUCUCUGAUUACAGAGGGGCUACUGCUGAGAUGCACAUGCAUGUAAAAUUAAGACUCACAAUUAGAUGAUUUUGCUUAAAGUGUAAUCUGCAUUUAAAGUAAUUUACACAAAUUAAAUGGUUAUUUGUGUAUCAGUUCUUUAUAUGUACUAUUUCAUGUACUCAGCCAAACAAGGAGCACCUAGUCUUCUAAAUGUUUACAUUUGAGCCCAAUAUGUAACUAUUUAGGCAUUUAAGGAAGCAGUUAAUCAGUGUGAAAUAGAUCAGUUGCUUUCUAGAUCUUACAUUAGAUCAAUACUACACUGCUGUGUCACUAAAACAUCACUAAACUAAAUGUUAAAACCCAACGUUGCUGCUGCUGGAUGCAUGUUUCAGACGAGCCUCAGCUUUGGUGUAAAAAAGUCGGCCAGCGCUUGCGUUUAAGUGAGUCAGUAUCAGUGGAAAUCAUGUACGCAUACUUAUUCGUUAGCGAUGUAAUGCUUUUGACCGUACUUGUCCGAGUAUCUGUGUAGGUCUUCCAAAACACCCGCAACCUUGCCGCUUACAUACAAAGCUUCUAUCACACCCGCCAAGUGUAUUUUACAUCUUAUUUGUAGAUUCACGCUUCGUUCUAUGCCACUCUUGACAUUUCACUUUAAAGUCAAAAAUAUUGUAUCGCUACACUAAAUCCUGCCAGCUUUUUAAACUGUGCUCCUUCUUUAUGAGUUAAAGGACGGUUUUGAAUAGACAGAAUAUUUUAGGAUGUCAUUCCAGGCCAACGUUUCAGAUUGCGCUUGAUUGUAUUUUUAACAGCAGAGUUUUAAAAAAAAGAUUGAGACGAAAAAGCAGUUGUCAGAUUAGCUCUAAUCCUCCUGCUUUCAUUUUACACUGCUAAUCAUAUAAUUCCUUAUGAAUACACGUUGAUGUGUGGACAGUUUCUCACUAAAGUCAGCGAAAUAAAGUCGUCACUUGGUGCGUCUGUGUCACACUUGUGCUGAUAUGUAUCCAAAUAUUCAUAGACUUAAACUUUGACUAUAUAGCACAGGCUCUCUCUCCCUCUCCCUCCUUAUUACAUGGAUAUACAGUAUUUUCUCUUCGUUCUAUUUGUCAUCUCCUCUUCAUUUUCUGUCCAUGUUGUAUUUGUAGUUGACUCUCACCCAGCCCUGCUACCCAUGGGACCCUGAACUUCUCUUACAUGGCAUAGUUACCGAAUAUUUUUAGGAAUAAAAAGCAAAAUAAGGCUGAGCUACAGAACAUGGCUAUACUCUGAAUAUUGUCACGCUUAAAAGCAAUCACUGCUCAUUUAAAGAAAACCCAUUUUGUCUGUGAGCUUAUACUGUGUGUAGCUGUUUUCCUUCAUGGCUCAGUUGUGUUCGAAUUGUGGCUGAGAGUCUCACGCCGACGUUACUGCUGUCUUAAGCUCUGCACAUUUUUGCGUGCUGUGUUAAAUAGUGUAUGUGUGUGUGUGUGUGUGCCUUAUGUGUUCAUGGGGACGGUUGUGUACAGUAUGUGUGAUACUGAGUUAUGUAAGAUGGAGUUGUGCGAAUGUCUAGAAGCGACCCCCAGGUUUGUAUAUAAGACGUGAAGCUUGAGAACGUGAUGUUUGAAGAGGGGUUUGAGAUUUUGGGGAGUCUGUGUUUGGUGCGAUAAGGUAUUUGCACUGUUUUUGGCUCGUUGUCAUGUUUAUUGAGGUAAAAGCAUUCCAAUAAAACAAAAAACAAAACAAGGAUCCAAUCAUUUGCUGUCUUCUGUUUCUUUUAAAAUCAAAACGUGCAAUGCUGUGUGUCAGUUUUAGACGCUCACCAACAGAGGGAACCAUUUC